GACUGUGGAGCAGACUGUGCUAAAUUCCAGAAGAGCGAACUGGAGUACAAAUUCAACAAGAAAGCCUUAGAAAGGCCCUAUACCUCUAAACACUCCUGGGGAAAGACCUAUGGGGAGCACAAGCGUCACUUGGAGUUUAGUCAUGACCAAUAUAGAGAGCUAAAGAAAUAUGCAGAGGAGAUUGGCAUUUUCUUCACAGCUUCUGGCAUGGAUGAGAUGGCUGUAGAAUUUCUACAUGAACUGGAUGUUCCAUUUUUCAAAGUAGGAUCAGGAGAUACAAACAAUUUUCCAUAUUUGGAAAAGACUGCAAAGAAAGGUCGCCCAAUGGUGAUUUCCAGUGGGAUGCAGUCAAUGAACACAAUGCAUCAGGUUUAUCAGAUUGUGAAGCCCAUCAAUCCAAACUUCUGCUUCCUGCAAUGCACCAGUGCAUACCCACUUCAGCCAGAGGAUGUCAAUCUCCGUGUUAUAUCGGCAUAUCAGUCAGCUUUUCCUGAUAUCCCCAUUGGCUAUUCGGGGCAUGAAACUGGCAUAGCCAUUUCAGUGGCAGCUGUUGCUAUGGGUGCUAAAGUAGUGGAACGCCAUGUGACUCUCGACAAAACAUGGAAAGGAAGUGACCACCAAGCAUCGCUGGAGCCAAAUGAACUGGCGGAAUUAGUGAAAGCCAUCCGUACUGUGGAAAAAGCAAUGGGUUCACCAGUCAAACAACUCUUGCCCUGUGAAAUGGCUUGCAAUGAAAAGCUGGGAAAGUCUGUUGUGGCUAAAGUGACAAUUCCUGAAGGUGCAGUACUGACACUUGACAUGCUGACAGUAAAGGUGGGAGAGCCUAAGGGAUUUCCCCCAGAAGCCAUCUUUGAUCUGGUGGGACAGAAAGUUAAAAAAUGUAUUGAAGAAGAUGAAACCAUCACUGAGCAAGCAGUGGAAAAUCAUGUCAAAAAAGUGAAGUGCUAAACCAAAGCACUUCAUUCAAUAUUUCAUGAUGCAGUACUGCACUACUGCACAACAUAUUUAAGUAUAGCAGCAUGGUAGAUUAGAAGAAAAAGGUGUAAUUAGGAUCCAAGCAGGUUAGAAUUUUCAAGUUCUCAUUAGCAGGAAGUUUCUGAAGUAAGUGGAUAUAAAUUGUAAAGAGUAAUUUUAUUA